CCGACAAUCUCAACUGGCCGGUUCACUGACAUGUUGCCAUCUUGUUUUUGGCUCGAAUAGAAGGGUGUUAUACCUGCUACAGGAAGGCUGCUUCUAGAACCACAAUUCCAUGGCCCGCCUCAACGAUCUUCCUCCGGCAACGGAGUCACUUGAAUCUUUGAAGCGACGAUUUAUUCGACAGAAUAGGGAAAUUGCUCGAGCAAACUCAAUUCAAUCCGCGCGGAUAAGAACACUUGAAUCCGAAGUGUCCAGACUCCUUACCGAAAACGUUGCCCUUCGCGAUGAAAUUAGUUAUCUGAAUAGGGAAGUUGAGAAGUGUCAGGGUAGUCAGCGCUUCGGUGACCAGUUGUUCUCUGUCAAGGAGAAACUUGAAGCAAAACUAGCCGAGCUAUCCAUUUUGGUUACCGAUCUUGGUUCGUUGCCUCGGAGGGCACACCCUAUUACGCCAAAGGAAUCGCAUAGUUCUGAUUUCUUGCGGUCUCCUUCCUGUGGCCGACAAAAUGUGAAGCCUGAAAAGACUGUCUCGACAGGAGACGAAGAUAGACUUCCUGUCAUCUGCGAAGAUAAAUAUUUUCCGAGGUUAACUCCUGAGGUUGAAGAAAUUCCCGAAUCACCAAUAAACGAUCAACUGCAAGAAGACACGCUACCUUGUUCGAUAUCAGGGUCGCUUUUCUCUCUUCCUGCUAAUGUCCCCAGCCCUUUCUUCGCAGAGAAAUCACCCGAGAGCAGUAAAUGCUCCAAGGUCAAUUUAUUGUCCCAAAAUAAAUUGCCGGCCCUUGAACCGCGAAGGAAACGUAGAGAUAGCUCGUUUCUACAAGAUAUUCUUCCCAACGCUGAGCGGUUUACAGACCCAGAUGGAUAUGGCCAUAAACCUCCAAGGGCCGGAUCCAAACGAAAAUUCGAUGUACAGGAAGAGGGAGAGCCCGGCUCAGCGCAUUCCAACUGUCAAGAUGAUUUUCAGUUCACCCGCCUAAAUGCAUCAUCCGAGGACCUGCCACAGGAGAUAGAUAUCCGUAGCGAGGACCAACCCAUGCAGAGAGUCUCCAAACACAAAAGGCAACCUGUGGGGGAAAAGAAGCCUGGGCGUCGAGCCUUAGGACCAAAGAGCACAAACACAAACCUAAGGUCACCGGUUAAAACUGAUUCAGAAAAAGUUCAGCUGAGAGGUGAAGGAAAACGACAUUUCGCACAAAUCAAUGGAACACCGUGUAGCAGGACAAUAAAGGACGAGCGCGGCAGUUUCGACAAGCUAAAGUCUAGUGUUUUAGAACCUAACUUAUCUGAAUUCAACCCGAAGGCACCCAUAAAGGGAGCCCGUUCACCCAAGGAAGUGGGCCACUGUUUAGACACCGACCCACCAGUUGCUACCCCAAAUAUGGUCGAUCGCGCUGCAACGUGCGAAAGCGCAGACAUACUCCCAGAGCCGGGUCCGACGGACGGUAAAGCAUCUGCAAAUACAAGGACUAGACAGUCUAGACGAUCAAGAGGACCUGUGAGCUAUGCCGAGCCAAACCUCAGAGAUAAAAUGAGACGCCCCACAGAGGAGCUUGUUGAUGCCGUUGGGCAAGACAGAUUUCGGCGUAUUUCGAGAUCGCAGCCCGAACAUUUCCAAACGCCCGAAGAAGGUGACACUAUAAAUAACAAUCCCGUCCAGGCGCCCCAGGAUCCGCCAACAAAAUUACCCGAUCAUGAACAAAUGGCGGAGGGAUGUUCCGCCCAUCCUGAUGGGGAUUACCAUAACGGGCAAUCAGCAUCUAGCAUUGCUAUUUCAACUCUUGUUGCGGGAAGUAAAAAGCGUUGCCAGACAAAAAAACGAAGUGAAACACGGAGGUACUCGUCAAACCCAUCACUUGAUGCUAGCCAUGCCCAUUUGACGACGAGGACUGAUAUGUACAACAAAACACCACCUGCUGAAGGGAUGUUUGAGUUCUCCACGGAGGAGACUGCGGCUGGCUAUGCUAAAACCCCAAUCGACUCAACGCGCUUGCAACGCGGCCCUGCCACUAGGAGACGGAGUAUGAUGGUCUAAGGGCACCUAUUUAUAUUAUAUACAUUUUAAACGUCAUCUCUCAUCAAGCCUCAAUGUUCCAUUGACAAAGUUCCCAGCUUCCCUUUAUAGCAACAAACUCGGGACAUCCUAAAAUGGGUUCGAGUAUGCCGGGGUGGAUAGGCUAUAGAGAGCGCAGGAAACCGACUCCGCCGUAAUGCGUGUUUCAACGAGAUGAUCAUCAGUCAAAAAUUCAUGACUCUUUUGGCGAGCAGACGAAAAUGUCCCCCCACACGAAUAAUCAUCCCAUAAUAAAUGUCGCGAUUCUUCAUAUGUAAACUAAAUGCCAAAGUAGUGGUUCGUAAAUCCAUUAUCGUCACUAUACUUCCAGAACUUGUCAAGGGCCUUCCCCAGUGCCUUCCCGUUUUUCGUUAUACUUCGGCACCCGCUCAUAAGCGUUUACCUUUGGUUUCGUUUUUGGUCGUUUUCUGCCGUGACCUGAAUGCUCACUGCCACCAUGAUCAUGAUUGUGUAAAUGACGUCUCGGGGAGCGGCUGUUGGUCAUUCUUGCUUCUCCACUAUCGAUUUCGCUGUCGCUAUUGCUCUCGGAAGAGUCGGAGUCGGAAGAAUCUGACUCUGAACUGCUUUCGCCAACCUCUC